UCAUGGCUCCCGUCCAAGUCAAGAAAAUCUGCUGCAUUGGUGCUGGAUACGUUGGCGGCCCAACAUGUGCAGUCAUCGCACUCAAGUGCCCGCAGAUCCAGGUCACCAUCGUUGACCUCAACCAGCAGCGUAUCGAUGCGUGGAACAGUCCUAGUUUCGACAUUCCUAUCUACGAGCCCGGUCUGGUCAACGUCGUGCGGCAGUGCCGAGGCCACAAUCUCUUUUUCUCGACGGACGUUACCAAGGGCAUCCAGGAGGCCGACCUCAUCUUCGUCAGUGUCAACACUCCGACUAAGAAGAGUGGCGUUGGGGCUGGAUUUGCGGCUGACCUCAACUAUGUUGAGCUCGCGACGCGCCAAAUUGCCGCCGUUGCUACGUCUUCGAAGAUUGUCGUAGAGAAGUCUACUGUCCCGUGUCGCACGGCCGAGUCUAUGCGCACGAUCCUUGAGGCUAACUCCAAACCCAACUGCCGCUUCGAUAUCCUAUCUAACCCCGAAUUCUUGGCAGAGGGCACUGCGAUUACGGAUCUUUUCAGCCCUGAUCGUGUCCUGAUCGGUUCUCUGCAGACACCGGAAGGUAGGGAUGCUUGCGAGUCGCUUACACAGGUGUACGCCAACUGGGUCCCGAAGGAUCGCAUUCUCAAUGUCGGCUUGUGGUCUUCUGAGCUUUCCAAGCUCGCUGCCAAUGCUAUGCUUGCUCAGCGUAUCUCUUCCAUCAACGCCCUCUCCGCCAUUUGCGAGGCUACCGGUGCCAACAUUGAUGAAGUCGCUCACGCUGUUGGGUACGAUUCACGUGUAGGCCCCAAGUUCCUCAAGGCGUCCGUUGGAUUUGGUGGAUCUUGUUUCCAGAAAGAUAUCCUAAAUUUGGUUUAUCUCUCUGAGAGUUUGCACCUGCCGGAAGUCGCGGCGUACUGGCGGCAGGUGGUGGAGAUGAAUGAGUAUCAGAAGGCCAGGUUCUCAAAGAGGGUCGUGGACACUUUGUUCAACACCAUCACCGGAAAGAAAAUUGCAGUCCUUGGCUUCGCAUUCAAAGCCGAUACUGGCGAUACCCGAGAAUCCGCAGCCAUUACACUCAUUAAAAAUUUCCAGAAUGAGAAGGCCAAGGUCAGCAUAUACGAUCCGCAGGUCCCGGAAUCGCAGAUCUGGAGCGACUUGCUGGAGGUGAACCCUGGUACACCGCUGGAUGCCAUCAAGAAGCAGGUGACAAUAUCAUCCUCUGCUAUUGAGGCAUGCAUGAAUGCUGAGGCGGUGGUGAUCGCGACCGAAUGGAAUGAGUUCAGGUUCAUCGCAUGGGAGGAGGUGUACUCGCAUAUGAACAAGCCGGCAUUCGUGUUUGAUGGACGGAUGCUGGUCGAUGCGGACAAGCUGAGGGAGAUCGGAUUCAAGGUGACUGUUAUUGGUCGGGGUGCUGUAUAAUAUUUUUAGAAGAGUAGACGCAUUGACUCUCACGAACUUUCCAUUGCUCUCUUUUUAAUAUACAUCCUAGGAAAGCACAUAUAGGUAUGGGCAGGACUAGACACUUUAUCAUACCUUUUCUCUCCUCGUCCCUCGGAUGGUAAUACAUGGGGCUGUUUGUAUUUAAUUUUCAAUGCAUGUUGUCGUUCUCUUCCAUACACUGUACUUAUAGCAGACUGCAGUCUCAUGC